AUGCUGGUGGUGCAGCAGAUAAGAUUAAUUUAAUACCUCAAGACUUUUUUGCAGAACUUUGUGAACAAAUAAUUCAACAUCUGAACCAUAAGAUCCCAGGUGUAGAUACAGCUGAACUAUGUCAGAGAAUUCAAACAUCUGGGAUUGAGAUUAAUGUUGGUGACCUGGCAAAAAUAGCUGAUGUUGUUUCCUUUCUAUUUAGCACAGCAGCCAGAAACAGUCUCUCUACGGAAGAACUCGUCACCACCUUGGGCAAUGCAGUCACUGCACUGCCAAAGCAUGCAGUUCAAGUUAUUCGUCAUGUAUGGAAUGAGCAUGGUAAAUCCAUUAGUGUGUCAGAAGAUGCAAGAAAUAUGGCCACACUGGGGCAGUUUGUAGAUAUUAAAUGGAAACUGGGAGUUGCGAUGAGCUCUGACACCUGCAGAUCUCUGAAGUAUCCUUAUGUUACAGUGAUGUUAAAAGUGGCAGAUCCUUCAGGACAAAUAACAGACAAAUCUUUUGAAAUGACGAUCCCACAGUUCAAGAACUUCUUCAGACAGUUCAAGGAAAUGGCGGCUGUUCUUGAAACAGUUUGA